AUAUAGCAGAAGAAGUGGCCAGUCUCCGUGUUCUACACCCAGAUAUCGGUUCUUUGGCCCCGUGAAUAAUAUAGUACUUAGUGUAUUUUUGUUAUGGAUACUUAUUAAAAUGUUGAUUACUAAUAAGGAUGAAGAAGAAGGGUGUGGCAUCAGCCUAAAAAUGUCGCACCACAGCGACGACAACAUGCUAAUAGCAACCAGUGAUUCGUUUUGGGAGCCGGGAAAUUAUAAGAAAACUACAAAACGAAUUGAAGAUGGUAAUAAGUUGUGUGCAGAUUUGAUGACUUUGGCUAAUGAAAGGGCCGAAAUUGAAAAGAAUUAUGCCAAAGCGCUCAAAGCAUGGUCAAAAAAAUGGAACGACAUAAUCGAAAAAGGCCCAGAGUACGGUACCACUGAGGCAGCUUGGAAAGGCGUUCUCGUAGAAGCCGACAGACGGUGCGAUUUGCAUUCAAAAGUACGAGACUGUAUAGUCAAUGACGUCAUGCAAAAAGUUAAACAGUGGCAAAAAGACACUUACCACAAAUCAAUGAUGCAAAUUAAAGAGAAAAAAGACAUGGACGAUGCAUUUAAAAAGGCCCAAAAGCCUUGGUCCAAGCUCCUGCAAAAAGUGGACAAAGCUAGGACCGAUUAUCAUACUGCUUGUAAAACGGAAAAAUCGGCUGCUAAUCAGGAAAGAAACGCAGCUGGUGAUAGUUCAUUUUCAGCAGAUCAAGUCAAAAAAAUGCAAGACAGAGUCCAAAAAACGAAAGAAGAAGUGCAAAAGGGCAAGGAAAAGUACGAAAUAGCCCUGCAAGAAAUCAACCAAUACAACCCCAAAUACAUGGAAGAUAUGACUGUAGUCUUUGAUAAAUGUCAGGAAAUGGAAGCUCAACGCCUAAGAUUCAUCAAAGAAACCUUAUUUGACAUGCAUAAGUACCUUAAUAUAUCCCAAGACCCAAUGCUCAAUCAAAUAUAUGAAGAAUUGUAUCAUACAAUUAACAAUGCUGAUUUUGAAAAAGAUUUAAAGUGGUGGUCCAAUAAUCACGGGGUUAAUAUGGCAAUGAAUUGGCCCCAAUUUGAGGAUUAUACCGAAGAAUUCCGGGACAUACACAAGGGCAAAUCCAAAGAUUCAGCCACCACUGGAAUCACUCUUAUCAAUCAGAGGCCUGUGGGAGAAGAUUUGCAUGAUUUUAGUGCAAAUCCUAAAUCAUCGUCGAAAAAAGUGGCUGCCGCUAGGCCAAAUAGUACUACGUCAUCGGUGGUUCCUCCUGUUCAAGUGACGCAAGUGCAAGAGGCCAAGUCGCCGUCCAAGUCGCAGCAAGAAAGUCCAUCAAAUAGAGCGUCUACAAUAACCAAUGGUUCAACAUCAAAACCAAACGAAUCCAACCCAUUUGAAGAAGAAGACUGGGAAAACGAUGCAUUAGUAGAUAAUGGUGAACCUGGAGUGCCUGUCAAGGCCUUAUACGACUACGAAGGUGCCGAAAACGACGAACUCAGCUUCAAAACAGGUGAGAUUUUUGAAAAAUUAGAGGACGAGGACGAGCAAGGCUGGUGCAAAGGUCGCAAAGACGGCAGGGUAGGUCUUUACCCUGCCAAUUAUGUCGAAGCGGUUUCGCCGUAAGCAGCCUCUUUCUCUAUAUUUUUAAUAAUUGUUAUUUUUUUUUUUGUAUUAUUUAAUUAUUUGGUUGUGUGUGGAAAAAGUAUUAAGAUGCAUUUUAAUUAUUAAAAUAAUAAUAUGGGCAAUAAUAUUUCAAAGUUUAAAAAACUAACAAUUAAAUAGUUUUGUUCCAACCCAAUUAUACCGUCAGGAUUCUGCGCAAACCGUUCUAGGAUGGUUUUGUGACAGGUUGGAACAAACCUAAUAUAUAUGAAGCCUCAUAUAUCCUUCUUCGAUUAUUGUUAUUUAAUUUUUAAAUAAUAUUUUUCAAUAUAUGGCUUCAUCAUUAGUAUAUUUAAAUCAAUGGGGGAAAAAUAAUGAUGUACAAAUUGUAAAGAUUCUUUUUUAUUAUUUAAUUAAAUUUUUGAGUGCUAAAUUCUAGUGCCAAAAUAAUUUAUUGGGUUAAUAUUUUUCGACAGAGAAAAUGCCUUGUUUGCUAGAAUCAAAAAAAUGAGGCCUAAAGAGAAUAUAACGUUUUUGUAGAGCAAAAAAGGACAAUUUUCACCAUAACAUCUUCACUGUUUUGUGUAAAAAGGUGACACUAGUGGCACAUAUACAUAAACUCAUGUAUAAAUAUACAGAAGAUUUUCUUACAUGGUCCCUUCUUGCUCUACAGAAGGGCGAUACCUACAAAGUAGAAUCUUAAAGUCAAUAAUAUUUUAUCGAUUUGUAGAUGAAAUGAAUGUCUAGAAAUAAUUCCAGCUGUAGCUGUAGAAGAAACUGAUAUUAUUACAGUAGAACCCCAGUUAUUCGAGGUAACGUGGUACUACUCGGAUAAUCCAGAUUUACGCAAAUUUACAUGCUAAAAGGGUGAGAAGAGUCCAAAAACAUAAAUACACACAAACCAUAAUUCAAGAGAAUUUCACGUUGGUCCAUAUGUAUGCACUGUAUAUUUUAGAAACUUGGUUAAUACGGAGUAUAGACGCGUGUACCUCCGAUAAUGAGGAUCUUUGGGUCUUUAGAUUGACUCUAGAGUUCGGAUAAUCGGGGUUCUACUGUAUCACUUGUUAAAAAAUAUAUUUGUUGUAAAUAAAUUAUACAGACAAGAGUAAUAUAAAUUAUAUUUUAAAUGGGUUUUA